CAUAACGCGCACUGGUGCACAUAUGAGACAAGAGAUCUGAGUCUUUUUUUCCCCCUCAUACCCCGCUGAAAGGACAGAGGCUACUGAACAAGCAGAAUUAAACCAUCCGGCAAACUCUGCUUUAGAGGAGACAGCUGGAGCGUUUUCGACGCACAGACGCACACAGACAGCCGCGCAUCCGGCAGACUUGGACCUGACACUUCACCUCCAGCGACCCACGCUUUACCUGCAUCUAAACAUGGAGCGCAAAAUCCCAGAUUUCUCUGGCACUUGGGAGAUGAAGAGCUCUGAAAACUUCGAGGAACUCUUAAAAACAUUAGGUGUCAACGUGAUGCUGCGCAAGAUUGCAGUGAAGGCGGCCUCCAAACCCCUGGUAGAGAUCACGCAGGACGGAGAGACGCUGUCCAUUAAAACUUCGACCACAGUCCGCACCACUCACAUCACCUUCACCGUGGGGCAGGAGUUCAAUGAGAGCACGGUGGACGGGCGUCCCUGCACGAGCUUUCCACGCUGGGAGACAGACAGUAAGAUCAGCUGUGAGCAGACUCUGCAGAAAGGAGAGGGACCAAAGACGUCCUGGACCCGUGAGAUCACCGCAGACGGCAAACUCAUCCUGACCAUGAGAGCAGAUGAUGUGAUAUGCACCAGAGUCUACGAGCGACAAUGAACAAGAGCACUUCUCACUUUUCAUCCUUCCGGCCCCCCACCCCCCUGUCCUGCAUCGCCCCUGCACCCCCCCUCCUCUGUCAGUGCUGGGAGAGAUCGCAAUCUGUAGUUUAAUUCCACUGUUCCUGUUAGCUUCACCUUGUUAGAAGUACGGUAAUAGCAUCUAGCAUGUCACAGAUACACUAUAGUCUUAUCUCCUGUUGACCGUCUGUCUCCCCUCCGUCAAGCACGACCAGCUGGAGCUCUAAACAUGAAAGCGUAUGUUGCAUUGUGUGUGUGCGUGCAUGCAUAUGUGUGUGCGUCAGUUCAUGCAUUAAGGCAUUGUUCGAUUGUGUGUAUCUGUGUAUAUGUGUGUGUGUGUGUGUUCAGCAGACGAGGUGUGAGUCUAUAUUAAUAGACUUGUAAGCCAAUCUACGAGCUCUUCCAGUUUCGGGUCAGUUUUGACGUGUCCCUCUUUUUUCUGUAGCCCGGCUCCUCGACUUUUUCUAUCUCAUAACGCCGUUUUAUAUUUAUUACUCCACUAGAGUCCGUUUUUACAUUGUGUCUCUUUUAUAUGAAAUGUGAUCAUAGGAAACAACACUUUCUAUGGGGAAAAUAAUAAACCACAAUAUUAACU